UUUUAAUUGGGCGACUUAAUGAGAAAAUCUAUGGCCGUUUGAAUGCAGCGCUAGAAUACAAAUAACAAGCUUUUUGUCUCUUUCUUUUCCAGGGAGACACAUUUCAGCACAUUCAGGACAUUGUGUCGUCUCUGCUGAGGACGAUAAACUGCACAGUCAUCACGAUGGGCCGAGAACACACUCUCAUCUCUCGUGUGGUGGCCUGUAUGACGGCCAUUCUCAGUCAGAUGGAUGACAGACACUAUUCACGCUACAUAGAGACCUUCAGCGGAACCACAGAUCUAGUGGACUUUUUGAUGGAGACAUUUCUGUUGUUUAAGGAUCUGAUUGGUAAACAUGUCUACCCAUCUGACUGGGUCACUAUGAUCAUGGUGCAAAACCGGGUGUUUCUCCAGGCGAUCAACACAUACGCUGAGACCAUGAAUCACAAGUUCCUCGACAACAACAACUUUGAAGUGCAGUUAUGGAAUAAUUACUUCCAUUUGGCUGUGGCGUUUAUUACCCAGGAGUCUUUGCAAUUGCAGCAUUUCUCUCCCACCAAAAGGAGCAAGAUUUUGGCCAAAUAUGGAGAUAUGAGGAGGCUGAUUGGUUUCGCUAUCAGAGACAUGUGGUACAAGCUCGGUAAGAAUAAGAUCUGUUUCAUUCCCGGGAUGGUGGGUCCCAUCCUGGAGAUGACUCUUAUCCCGGAGGAAGAGCUACGGAGAGCAACCAUCCCCAUAUUCUUUGACAUGAUGCAGUGUGAAGAAAACCACUCCGGACACUUCAGAAAGUUUGAGAACGAGAUCAUCCUGAAGUUGGAUCAUGAAGUGGAAGGGGGAGGAGGAGACGAGAGAUAUAUGGAACUGCUACAGAGCAUUCUUUUAGAGUGCGCUCAGGGACGCCCCCAGCUGCUGACUGAGGUGCAGCACUUUGUUACCCUGGUGACCGGCCUCCUGGAGCGUCUCCUUGACUACCGCUCGGUGAUGAGCGAGGACAGUCGAAACAACCGCAUGAGCUGCACUGUCAAUCUUCUGAAUUUCUACAAGGACAUCAACCGUGAGGGGAUGUACAUCAGGUACCUCUACAAAUUGCGGGAUCUUCAUUUGGAUGGAGAAAACUACACAGAGGCGGCGUAUACACUUCUGCUGCACUCCAAACUACUUAAGUGGUCAGAGGAGCAGUGCACCCUUCAGCUGGACUAUCAGACGCUUCAGUCCCAGCGGCAGCUCAAAGAAACGCUCUACAACACCAUCAUCAGCUACUUUGAUAAGGGAAAGAUGUGGGAGGAGGCCAUCACUCUGUGUAAAGAGUUAGCAGAUCAGUGCGAGAUGGAGGUCUUCGAUUACGAGCUGCUCGGACAAAAACUGAAUCAGCAGGCCAAGUUUUAUGAGAACAUUAUGAAGAUCCUGCGGCCCAAGCCGGACUACUUCGCUGUGGGAUAUUACGGCUCUGGCUUCCCUCAGUUCCUCAGGAAUAAGGUUUUCAUUCACCGUGGGAAGGAGUACGAGCGCAGGGAAGACUUCCAGAGUCAGCUGAUGAGUCAGUUUACCAGCGCUGUGAGACUCAACAUCACCACAAUGCCUGGAGACGACAUUAAAAACUCCAACAUGCAGUAUGUCCAGUGUUUUACAGUCCAGCCGGUUCUUGAGAUCCCGCCGCGUCUGAGGAACAAACCAGUGCCUGAUCAGAUCAUCAAUUUCUACAAGUCGAACUACGUUCAGCGGUUCCAGUACUCCAGACCUGUGAGGAGAGGGAAAGUGGAUCCUGAUAACGAGUUUGCUUCCAUGUGGAUUGAGCGCACCACAUUCAUAACCGCUUACAAACUACCAGGAAUCCUGCGCUGGUUUGAGGCCACUAGCAUGACCCACACGACGGUGAGUCCGCUGGAGAACGCCAUCGAGACGAUGGGACAAACCAAUGAGAAAAUCCUCACCAUGAUCAACCAGUACCAGUGUGAUGACACUUUACCCAUAAACCCCCUCUCCAUGCUGCUCAACGGCAUCGUGGAUCCCGCCGUCAUGGGCGGCUUCGCCAAAUACGAGAAGGCGUUCUUCACGGAUGAAUACAUGAACGAACAUCCUGAUGACAGAGACAAACUCACGAGACUCAAAGACCUCAUCGCAUGGCAGAUCCCGUUGUUGGGCAGAGGAAUCAGUCUGCAUGGAAAAAGGGUGACUGAUGACCUUCGACCUUUCCAUGAACGCAUGGAGGAGUGUUUCAAACAGCUGAAGAAGAAGGUGGAGAAGGAGUACGGAGUGAGAGAGCUGCCGGAUAUGGAUGAGAGACGAUCCACUCGGCCACGCUCUAUGCUGCGCUCGGUUCGACAGUCUAUCUGCUCAUUGGCUGGAUCCGAAUGUGGAACGCCCACUAAGACACACCCAGAGAGCAUAUCUCUGGACAGUGGUGUUCCUCCCUCUCCGUCCAUCAUCCCUCGUUCCAGUGGAAGUGUCAGUGUGAUGGAUGAGAGUGGUGUUGAAGUGGAGGUGAAACUGAGGAAAUCCAAGAAGAAGAAGAAACCCGGUCGUGGCAGUAUGAUCUUCAUCAGUGAGGAGAAAGAGCGGAGCAGCACCCUCGACAAACGGCUUUCCAAGAAGCAGGAGUUUCGCAGUGACACGAAUCUGUCAGAGCCGAGUGAGAGCAGCAGCGGCGGCCUCGUCAACUCCAGAUCUCUGCCCACUAUUACAGGUCUGUCUCUGUCAGUAGCCAAUGGGAGUGAGGAGGUGGAGUCAGCGCGAUCUAAGCGUGACAGUAAAAGCGUUUCAAUGUGUUUGCCAUCUGACCGCACCGGUGACCGUCGCUCCAAAGGAGUCAUAAACCUGCUCUUUAAAUCCAAGAGAUGAAGCUUGUGAAUGCAGUGGAGAAGGAAACAAGCAACAAGUGAAGGUUGUGUGUCAGAUCCUGCUGAAUAAAGUUUCUCUGAAAAUAUUUCACUUCCUGUUUGCUGACAUGACUAAACUACAACUUGUAUAAAAACUUGAAAGCAUUAAGAUUCAUUUAUUUUCAUCUGAAUAACUGUAUGUUUACAAUACUCUAUCUAUCUAUCUAUCUAUCUAUCUAUCUAUCUAUCUAUC